GAGGCAGAGUUUAGUCCUGAAGCCUGUUUCAGUGUCAGGGUUCAGACCUUAAAGCAACUUUAUCAAGAAACUGCAACAGUAGUGAGUAACUGCACCAAGCCCUUUACAGAUCUAGGAUUAGCGAGCUGGGCCUUUCUAGAAGUGAUAGCAGUCCUCAGGAAUAUACACUACCUAUAUGCACACCAGGUUUGACAGGUGGAGGCAGAACAGAGAGUUCCAGUCCUUUCCCCCAAGCCCUUCUCCAUCUUCAUUCCCUGCCAUUAGUGAUGCCAGUGCCUCUUUUAUCUCAUAGAAUUCAGUGCAGGCCACCUAGAACCAAGACAGCCCCAAUCCAUUUUCCCAUGCUAAUUCAGGAAGAAAUUGACGUUUGUUCUUCCUCUUGAGCUUGCAAACAAGAAAAGCAGUGGAAAACAAAACAAUUUAAGGCAGUUUUUCAUUAGGUUCAUCUCGCCCAAUGCAUUUGUACUUGGGAUCUGUUCCUAAGCGGCUUUCAUUUCCCUCAGUUGAACUCUCAUAGCGGUUUUGAAAAUGCAGUUCAGGCCUCCCUAAGGGAACCGUGAGCUGACCUCUCCCACCGUAUGCAUUGAUUGGGCUUGGAGACUGGCUGCCAGCCUUUUCCUCCCAAUCAGUGCAGUAUAGGACUCUGUGACUGCCUGCUGUGUUGUCUGUAGUGUGCGAGUCUCCCUCUCUCUUCGCCCUCCUUCCCUGGGGAACCUUAAAACCUCUUCAGCCUUGCAUUUCUAUUUCUUUUGAUCUGUUAGUCUGAACUUUUUUCCUGGGCUGAGGACAAGAGUGAGCUUUGGCUUGGCAAAGGCCCCUUUUCUCAGUUGCACUUGGGAGGUUUCGAAUAUUUCUUUGCUUUGCAAAGACUCUCUGACCAAGUCUGAGAACCCCCGAUAUAGCUUUCCUGCACAGUUAAGCAAAUGACGUCCUGUGGAACUCUAUAUACUGCACAACACAAGGUACAUGAUAAGCUGCUUACAUGCUGCAAAGGAGUAAGGGACAAGCUCAUUAUGAAGAGUGAUCUGGUUUUCUUUGUCUCUGUAAUUAGCCUUGCCUUCCUGUCUCUGCCAACAUCUGGAUAUGCUCAGCAUAUUGCAGAAGAAUCCUGCUCUGUUCAGAUUCUGGUUCCAGGCCUAAAAGGGGAUGCUGGAGAAAAGGGGGAGAAAGGUGCCCCAGGCCGCCCAGGACGAGUUGGACCUCCAGGAGAAAAAGGAGAAACAGGGGACAAAGGACAGAAGGGGAGCAUAGGGAGACAUGGAAAAAUUGGCCCCAUUGGCUCAAAAGGAGAAAAAGGAGAUAAUGGGGAUGCAGGCCCACCUGGUCCUAAUGGAGAUCCAGGCAUUCCUUGUGAAUGUGGCCAGCUACGAACAGCCAUUGGUAAAAUGGAUAACCAAGUGACCUUGCUGAUGACUGAGUUGAAGUUCAUUAAAAAAGCACUGCCCUCCCCCGCAGCUGUUGCUGGUGUGCGUGAGACAGAUAAUAAGACUUACUUGCUGGUGAAAGAAGAGAAGAGGUACAUGGACGCCCAGCUCUACUGCCAAGGAAGGGGAGGAACGCUGAGCAUGCCCAAGGAUGAAAACACCAAUAGCCUAAUUGCUGCUUACAUCAAUCAAGCUGGCCUCAGCCGAGUUUUCAUUGGCAUUAACGACCUAGAGAAAGAGGGCCAUUUUGUUUACUCCGACCGGUCCCCAAUGCAGACCUUCAACAAAUGGAGCAACGGAGAGCCAAAUAAUGCUUAUGAUGAGGAGGACUGUGUAGAAAUGAUAGCCUCUGGGGGAUGGAAUGAUGUCGCCUGUCAUAUUACAAUGAAUUUUGUUUGUGAAUUCGACAAAGAAAAUGUGUAGAAAUAUGAUUCCUGCCCCCAGCUCAAUUUUUGAAUCAAGCUUUGUGUGCAGGUUAGGCUGUGUUUUUAGUAUCGGUUUUUUUAUAAGCUGGUGCAGUCCACAAAUCCUGAACUGCUAUCUGUUUAUGGGUGUGUUUUGUGUGUGUGUGUUUGCACAUAACACUAAGCUAUGGUUGGUUUUAACCAUGAUUUAUUUAAUAAGCCAUGGGUUGUCUCAGUUUCUUUUGUUUCUCCAAAGCUUGGCUUGUUUCCCAGCCACUCCUGCCUUGGGAUUUGUAGCCUGAUGAGCAUUUGGGGUGGGGUGCCCAAGCAAGCCAUGCUUAAGCAAAGCUUUCACAUAAAGCAAACCAUAGUUAAAAUGAGUCAUGGGUUCACAAGCAUAUCAUGUUUGCUGGCAGAAAAUAAACCAGGGUUUGUUUGCUGGGUUGGGUUCACCCGUUCAAACAAAUUUAUAUAGGCUAAACAAAUCAUGGUUUAGCAGUAUGUGCAAAUCAGCCUUUUAUUUGAAAGUUAGUACCUUGUUGAUGAGGUGCUAAUCUUUCAACAAGCUUCAUAUUAGUCUGGACAAAUAUCCCAGAACACCCUCACCUCUGCCAGUGUUACAAAGUUCUUCUAUCACCCCAAA